CGCGCAAAGCCACCGAGUACCAGAGCUUGUGAUGUCAAAGUGUGGCUGUGACGCAGUAGGCGGCCAUGUUCUCAUGACGCCUCGUCUCCACCCCACUCCGAGACCUUCUUCACUUUCUCUUCCAUGGAAGAAACUAAGAAGCAAAACAAGACUAAAAAUAACUGUAGCAGAUGCGACAGGGAAUAGCAGAGGUUCUUUUACUUGGGCAUUGAAUCAAACAGUAGGUGGGUUGUUGUUGCCACGAAGGGAAAGCAGUGAAGAGAAAGUAAGAAGCAAGAAAAGGGUGUUCUUCUUGGAUGUUAAUCCUCUCUGUUAUACUGGAAGCACCCCCAGCUUGCACUCCUUUGGUCAUUGGGUUUCUCUCUUUUUCCAACAAGUCAGCCUCAGUGACCCUGUUAUUGCUGUUAUUGAUGGAGAAAGAUGUAACGAGUAUCGCCAAAAGUUAUUACCUUCAUAUAAAGCUCAUAGGAGGAAAUUCUCAAAGCAAUUACCUUCACAAAGAUUUUCAUCAGUUUCUGCUGGAAGGUCACGUCAAGUUGUCAGAGACGUCCUCAGGAAAUGCAAUGUGCCAGUUCUAAAAAUUGAAGGCUGUGAAGCAGAUGAUGUUGUCGCUACACUUGUAGGUCAAGUUUUACAAAGAGGAUAUCGAGUGGUUAUUGCUUCUCCUGAUAAAGAUUUCAAGCAAUUGAUAUCUGAAGAAGUGCAAAUUGUUAUGCCUAUGCCAGAGUUUGGCAGAUGGUCUUUUUACACCCUUAAGCACUACAUAGCACAAUAUAAUUGUGAUCCAUGCUCGGAUUUAAGUUUGCGAUGCAUCAUGGGUGAUGAAGUUGAUGGUGUUCCUGGAAUUCAACAUGUGGCUCCUGGUUUUGGUCGAAAGACUGCCCUAAAGCUCUUAAAAAAACAUGGUUCACUGGAAAAUUUGUUAAAUGCAGCAGCAGUAAGAACUGUAGGUAGACAGUAUGCGCAAGAUGCCCUUACAAAGUAUGCUGAUUUUCUGCGAAGGAAUUAUGAAAUUCUUUCCUUGAGGAGGGAUGUCGAUGUGCAGCUUGAAGAGGAGUGGCUGUUUGACAGAGAUAGCCGGAAUGAUUCAGUUGUUUUAUCAAACUUUUUCAAACUGUUGGGAGAAACCCAGAAACUCACUAACCAAAAUACAUCUCAUUCUUCAGAUGGUUAAGGCUCCAAAGUAUAGAGCACAAUAAAUCUGAAGACAAAAGGCUUUAUAGGGAGCUAUUUUUUUUACCAAGUGCCAUGUUCUACAGAAAGUUGUAGUUGGAUGCUGCAGACUCACAGAGAAAAGCCAACUGGUUGUAGGACUCUGAGGUUCCUUCUGCAGAUUCCAUUGUAAGCAAAAGUGCACUUGUUUCAUUAUCCUUUUAUGUAUAUCUUUGCACUAUAUUAUCAGUUUAUUAUUAUGCAGCAAGAAUGAAGUAUGCUUCUCAGUUACUACCCCAGUGCUUGUCAGAUAUUAGUCUAAUCUCUGAAGUGAGGCUACAAAAUUGAGGUGGAUUGGAAGAGUUGAGAUGGAGUCAAGUUUUUUGCUUGUACUUGCAAAUCAGAACCAUAUAUUUCUCAGAUUUAGUAGCAGUCAUUUCAUCUUAGACAUCUUAUGAUGAUGAUGUUGGUAAUCUGGUUAGACUCGGAUAUGAAAUACAGUAAUUAACUGAUUUACACAAAGCCAUGUUCUCCCAUUUAUGAAUUGUUGUAUGGAA